UUAGUUUCUUUUUCCUGGUUUCUUAGCCUCAUUGCGAAGAUGGACAAGGCAGAUCGAGCAUUUUGCUUCGCCAGUGGAAUGGCUGCAUUGGCUGCUGUCACUCAUCUAGUUGGAACUGGUCAAGAAAUUGUUGCGGGGGAUGACUUCUAUCGUGGUUCUGAUCGUUUGUUAACACAAGUGGCUCCAAAAUCUGGAAUUAUUGUGAAGCGUAUUAAUACAAGUGAUCUGGAUGAGGUUGCAUCCUCCGCUAUUGGUCCUUGGGCAAAGCUUGUGUGGUUGGAGAGUCCCACCAAUCCUCGACAACAAAUAUCUGAUAUUCGUUGGAUAACAGCAUUAUGUCUUCUGUACUGUCACAGCCCCUGGAACUUGGAGCAGCUUGGCAAAGGACUUGUCUUUCCUGUAAAAUGCAGAAGGCUCUGCAUUAGCUCCAUUUGAUUGUUGGAUCUGCUUGAGAGGCAUCAAGACCAUGGCCUUACCAGUCGAGAAGCAACAGGUACUACUUCAAACUGUUCCCAGUUUGUGCAAAAUAUGAAAUUUAUGUGAAAAUAGAAACUUAAUAGUUUGUGCUUUAGUUCAGGAGUAUGGAGAAAGGGAUUCAGAAUUUGAUCCACAAAUAAAGUGAUAGGGCUGAAGGUACUUGGGAAAUCUUGGAAACCUCUCAAUUAUUUUGUAACUUUGGUUUAUAUCUUCUCUUAAAUCAUCAUCAAUAAAAUCUAAU